AAACACAUAAAGGAGAGACCUGUGUACCGAAGUACUCUUUCCGUGAUGAUAAGGGUCUAUUUUCUUCGGAAAAAAAAUGAACUGAACUGAAUUGAACUUAACUUAACUAAAUUGAAUUGAAUUGAAUUAAAUUGAAUGUAAUAAAUAUAAUUCAAUGUAAUAAAUAUAUAAAUAAUAUUUAAACAAUAAUAAUAUGAAUAUUAAAUAAUAAUUAUAAUGAUAAGUAAUAAUAAUGAAUAAUAAUAAUUUUUUAAAAAAUAAAAAAGCUCCUAAUUUAAUAGGGAUACUCAUUUUUUAAAAAAUAAAAAAGCUCCUAAUUUAAUCAUAAAAGUUUUUCUUAAAAAAAAAAUAAAAAAGAAAAAGUCAACAAGGGUUUUCCUUGGGGAUCAAGUUCCAAAUCCAUAUAGAAACGCCUAAUGUUCUAAUCUUGGGUUUCACCAAUCUGACAACAAACCCAUCAAUUUUUAAUUCAAUCAUUUACUCCAAUUCUCAAAACCUUCGCCAAAAAACACCCCAAAAAAAAUAUGGAGCACCACAUCGACGAAGAAACCGGCAUAAAUUUCAGAUUGGACUUGUUAUCAUCAUUGUUAGGCCAAGAAAUUGCAACAGACAUUCUUAAUCAGACCACAAUUGUUGAAGAUCAUACCAAAUUCUGCCCACAUCCCGUUUUUACAAAAAACACAUGCACAAAAUGUGGCAAAGUAAGUAACGCUACAACUUCUACUAUACCCUUUUGGUACAUUUACCCUAAUUUAAAUCUAAGUCAUAAUGAAAUUAAUCGCAUUCGAGAUACCAAUUUGCGAGCCCUAUUAACCCGAAAGAAGCUUCACUUAGUUCUUGAUUUGGAUCACACACUUGUUCAUACAAGGAAGUUGUACAAAUUAAGUCCUGAAGAUAGGAAAUUUCUUAGGCCCAAAAAAUAUGGGGUUGAUCAUAAUUUGCCUGGAGAAUUAGGUACAUUGUUUAAAAUAGGUUAUGGAUGGACAAAGUUAAGGCCAUACGUUCGUACUUUCCUUCGAGAGGCAAGCACGAUGUUCGACAUGACAAUUUAUACAUUAGGGUGUCGAGCUUAUGCUUGGAGUACGGCGAAAUUGCUUGAUCCAAACGGGGAUUAUUUUGAUAAGUGGAGGGUGGUUUCGAGGGAAGAUUGCGCGAUUUUAGACAAGCACAAGAAGUUUUUAGAUGUUAUAUUAGAACACGAGCAAGUUAUAGUGGUAAUGGAUGAUAAUGAAACUGUUUGGGAAGAUCAUAAGACGAAUUUGUUGAGAAUAAUCCCGUAUAAUUUCUUUUCUUAUUUUAGCCCCAAGGAUAAAGAUCACGAUGCUUCGCCACCACGAGAGUCGUGGUCUCAGUUGAAUGGGGAUGAGAGUGAGGAAAAUGGGGUGUUAGCAAAAGCUUUGGAUAAGUUAAGGGCUGUUCACGCAGCUUUUUUUGAUGAUUUAGGUGUGAAGGGAUCAAAGGAUUAUGGUAAUCGGGAUGUGAGAGAUAUACUUCAAAGGGUGUUAAUGAAACAAAAAUCAUCAACUAAGAAACAAAAUAAGCACAAAGGUAAGAAGAUUGAUGGGUUAUCGCGAGCUCUACAAGCUGCUCAUCUAUGAAAAUUUAUUUGCCCUGUUUUACUUAAUUGUAUUAUCAACUAAAUAUUUAUGUUGCACAACGCUUGUGAAUAUUUUUGUCAUAUAUGCUUCUAAAUGUGAGUUGAUGAUGUAGAAAUUUUCCUUAAAAAGUAGCU